ACUCAGUAAUUGAGAGGGAGAGAGAGAUUACUCAGUAAUUGAGAGGGAGAGAGAGAUCACUCAGUAAUCAAGAGAGAGAGAGAGAGAGAGAGAGAUUACUCAGUAAUUGAGAGGGAGAGGGAGAGAGGAAGAGAAAGAGAGAGAGAGAGAGGUGAGUGCUGUAGCAACUUCCUGCUGUUGCAUGAGGCAUUGAGUUGCAGUUAUUUUCUCUCUGUCUGAAACUCUGACAGACUGUUGCACAGAGAGAAGCGGGAGCUGACUGAAGCUAAGCAGGAUGCAGGCUAUCAAAUGUGUUGUUGUGGGAGAUGGAGCUGUGGGGAAAACAUGUCUUCUCAUCAGCUACACAACCAACGCUUUCCCUGGAGAAUAUAUCCCUACUGUCUUUGAUAACUACUCAGCCAAUGUGAUGGUGGACAGUAAGCCAGUCAACCUGGGUCUCUGGGAUACAGCAGGACAGGAGGACUAUGACAGACUGAGACCACUGUCCUACCCACAGACGGAUGUGUUCCUCAUCUGUUUCUCUCUGGUGAGCCCAGCCUCCUACGAGAACGUCAGAGCCAAGUGGUACCCAGAGGUGCGUCACCACUGCCCGUCAACCCCUAUCAUCCUAGUGGGCACUAAGCUGGAUCUGAGGGACGAGAAGGAGACCAUCGAGAAGCUCAAAGAGAAGAAACUGGCCCCCAUCACCUACCCACAAGGCCUAGCGCUCGCCAAGGACGUUGACUCUGUGAAGUACCUGGAGUGUUCUGCUCUGACCCAGCGUGGCCUGAAGACAGUGUUUGACGAGGCUAUCAGGGCAGUACUCUGCCCACAGCCAACCAAGGUCGGAAAGAAGAAAUGUCUACUGCUCUAACAGAUGCAGCUAAGAGUGAAAACGGACAGCGAACAAACCAGGGAGCCAGAUGUUAACUCAAAAAGGCCUUUUAGUUCUACUCUGCUACACGAAAAAACAUUGACUUAUGAAAGCCUAUAUGAAAUACUAUAAUUAACUGAUAUUAAUUAUAUUACGAUGGUCUCUGAUGUGUGCUUGUUUACAGGUAUAUAGUGUAGGAUAUAGGUGCACAAUAUUCAUCAUCUGAAUAAUAUACUGUAACAUUUUCCCCUCGACUGUGAAGGUGGUAUUUGACCUUGAUGUAAGUGCGGCCCAAAUGGCACCCUAUUCCCUAUGUGCACUUUUGACCAAAGCCCUAGUGCACUACAUAGGGAAUUGGGUGUUAAUUGGGACACACAGAAAAUGUGUUGGUACACAAUUAAACUCAAUUUGCAAACACUGCCAUGAUCAUCAUGGUUAUUAUGAGUUGUAGUGUGAGAUAGAAUGGGGUGGAGAGAGAGGGGAGAAAGAGACUGAGAUAUAAUGGGGUGGAGAGAGAGGGGAGAGGCUGUGGCCUGCUUAGAAAGACACACAGGAGUUGCACAUAAGUGCACAUAAAAAUGGAACUUAAAUUCCAAAGAUGACAGAUAGUCUUUGGAGUAACAAAGCCACAUGAGACUGACAGUUUGAGCAUUCAAGUAUAGUAGUACUGCCACUUAAAACCUAGAUUUCAAUUGACUAGAUUGAUCUCAACUGAAGUCUGACAGCUCUUAUAAGAAUCAAUGGGAAAUCCUCAGCAACGAUUCCUUCUUCUCCUUACUAAGAGCUUAACAGUAAAAUCUGUCUAACCUGAUGCUUGUUGUUAAUGGAACUCUUUUCUCCUCUUCUGUCCCCUCUAUACCGUAUGUCAAUGUAAACAGUACAAUAGACACAAAAAGUAGAAUAGAGUAGAACUGCUUUAAUUGCCUCAACAAUUCAUAUUUGUAUUCAUUCAUCAGUGAAUAUCAUCAGCUUUUUACUGUUAAUUAAAUCAACUUUCAAGACAUGGUCUUAAUGCCAGUGAUUUCAUAAUCCAAUCUUUGUACUCGCAGACAUCCAUGACAAUGCCUGGUAAACGGCAUGCUUUUUUACCGCUUUCUAUAUGAACACCAUACAGCUGGUCCCCACCAAACACCACACCUCCCCCAGAAUCACACGAGAGAGAGAGAGAGAGAGAGAGAGAGAGAGAGAGAGAGAGAGAGAGAGAGAGAGAGAGAGAGAGAGCAUUUACAGUCAAGCAGUUAGAUUUGAAUAUUUAAUCUCAAAAACCAUUUAUUGUAUUAUUUAAGUAUUAUCAUUAUAUUACAGGAUAAAGUGGUAAAAAAAGGAACCUUUAUUUAACUAAGCAAGUCAGUUAUGAACAAAUUCUUAUUUACAAUGACCCCGGCCUACCCCGGCCUACCCCGGCCUACCCGGCCUACCCCGGCCAACCCCGGCCUACCCCUGCCUACCCCGGCCAACCCCGGCCUACCCCGGCCUACCCCGGCCUACCCCGGCCUACCCCGGCCAACCCCGGCCUACCCCGGCCUACCCCGGCCUACCCCGGCCUACCCCGGCCAACCCCGGCCUACCCCGGCCAACCCCGGACGACCCUGGGCCAAUUAUGCGCCGCCCUAUUGGACUCCCAAUCACAGCCGGAUGUGAUGCAGCCUGGAUUCGAACCAGGGACUGUAGCAACGCCUCUUGCUCUGAGAUGCAGUACCUUAGACCACCGGGAGCCCCAUGGUGUCAAUUUAUUGUUACUUAACCAUGAAGACAUCAUUUUCCCAGUUACUCUUCCAGUGGUCAACAGGGAUCCCCUUUGUAACCCUUAUCCUAAAACCAUUACUUCUAGUGCAAGUUAACCAAAUUGUUCUGCUAUUAAGGACUAGGUAUCAUGGUAAUUAAUAAUAAAACCAUAGACAAAAUAUCUAUAAUGUGUUCAUCUCACCUCUUUUACCAUCAGAAUCAGCUUGGGUGCCACCAUAACCUGCGAUCUGAACUGUAUCACCCAGUUUUAGAUUAGAUGUCUUCCUAGAGCAGGUGAAUAAAAUGACCCAAUCAGGCUUUCAGAACAUUGAGUUCAGUUUGCAGAAGAAAAAAUGAAUUGCAGAACUGAGAUGGGUUGAAAAAUCUAAGUUCAUUGAAAUGUAGAGCAAUUUUUGAAGGUGAGUAGCCUAAUGUUCCCCUGUAUUGCUCUAGAACACUACCCAUCCCUUCCUCUCUUCAUCUAAUAGAGCAACACAUUUUCUAAGUAUUUUCUUCUCAUCAGUUCACUGUUCACCCCUGUUUGGCAUCCGGGUCAUAUUCAAUAGUGCACACCAUAGCAGAAAUAGUUUUGCAACAGCAAUCGUUUUGCAAAAAAAGAGUUGUUAUUCCCUACCCACUGUCCUCUGUUUUCCUCUGUUUGGCUUGUGAAGGCCCAGGUGACACAGGUGUAGUUAAACAGUCAGGAGGGUUGACCGGAUCAAUCGUUGUCUUGGCAGAUUCAGGUAACUUCAGUAGCAUGGUGUCAACCUGGUUUGGAUGAGCAUGUGUGUCAACCUGGUUUGGAUGAGCAUGUGUGUCAUCCUGGUUUGGAUGAGCAUGUGUGUCAACCUGGUUUGGAUGAGCAUGUGUGUCAACCUGGUUUGGAUGUGCAUGUGUGUCAACCUGGUAUGGAUGAGCAUGUGUGUCAACCUGGUUUGGAUGUGCAUGUGUGUCAACCUGGUAUGGAUGAGCAUGUGUGUCAACCUGGUUUGGAUGAGCAUGUGUGUCAACCUGGUUUGGAUGAGCAUGUGUGUCAACCUCUUCAAUUUUUACUGGAGUCUUGACUUGACCUGAGGCUGGAUGUUUACCCAGUACGACAUGCACAUGAGGAUCCUGACAGAGAGCAGUAGUCAAUAACAGUUGUAUAGCACAGUUCGUUUAAAGUAGUUGACAGUUAAUAGCAGUAAAACAUUUAAAAAAUACUAUCUCAAUGCUCUCUCUCUUUCUCACACACCAGGGUUGGGGUCAAUUCCUGCCAAUUCUGGAAGUACUCUGAAAUUCCUGGUCCCAUUGUCUUCAUUGUCUUCAAUGAUUUUCAAUAAGGAACAUGUGGAAUUGGAAGUUGGUUUAUUUUCUGAAUUGACUGGAAAUGAAUUGGAAUUGACCCCAACCCUGUCACACACACAUUUUUACAUUUACAUUUGAGUCAUUUGACGCUCGUAUCCAGAGUGACUUACAGUAGUGAGCGAAUACAUUUUCAUACACACACACACACGCACGCACGCACGCACACACACACACACACACACACACACACACACACACACACACACACACACACACACACACACACACACACACACACACACACACACACACACACACACACACACACACACACACACACACACACACACACACACACACACACACAUCCAAUCUGAUGGUGACAGUAAUCGCUAUUAUGAACAGUUCUGCUCACAAUCCUUCAUCCUUUAUCUGUUGUGCACAUGUACACUCACCCCUGGUGUUCCUUUACCUCCUCCAGGCCUGCAGUGAGCAGCAGUUACAACCCACUGAUCAGAGAACCACCACACUGAUAAAGAAAGUAUUUUCCUUCCUGCCAUACUAUGCGCACAUGGUACAGCCUUUCAGUGUCCUUACAACCCCACCCCCCCCCCCCCCCGAUGAUUCUCUUCUGAAUUUCGCCCAACGUGGCAUCUGAAUGAGAGAGAAGAGAUGACCAGAGAGUGAGAAAUUAAAAUAGGCACAAUGUAUUAUAUUAGAAAGACAAAUAAUGGAAUAAAGGAAAGAAAACAACUUAAACAGCAAAAUAAACAGGCAAGUAAAGUGAAAUGGAAGGUUCCAUGAGGAAUAAAGAGAACAGAGACAUACAGAGUAGAUGGUUAGUACACAUACCUGCCAACAUCAGGGAGAGCAGAAGAACACCACUCAGUGUCUUCAUGGUUUUCAUGGUCGCUGUACUUUCCAUAGGAUACCUCUGUUUUUAAACAUAUUCUGGUCCCGUAUCUCAAAAUGUAUCCACCAACCAGCAUCCAACACGCUAAUCAACUCAAUUCCAUUGGUUGUCUCUUGGCUGUAGCCAGUUUACAUAGUAAAAUAGAUGGGUAGAUUAAAACAGAGGGCAGUAGGUAAAUUAGAGGUUAGAGAGGCCUUCUUUCUCUUCCUCAUUCCAAAUCAAGCCAAUUGCUUCAUAUUUGCUUCAUAUCUCCUAGUUGUUACAUGAGGAACUGCCAUGUGAUGGACUAUUCAUGCCACCAGGUUUGGAUAGACUACUUUCUAAAUGUAAUCCGUUCCUUUAACUAGUUACCUGUCCAAAAUUGUAAUCAGUAACAUAAUUUUUGGAUUACCCAAACUCAGUAACAGUUGGUUGGUGCGCAGUGCAAUGAGACAAGGAUAUCCCUACCGGCCAAACCCUCCCCAACCCGGACGACGCUAGGCCAAUUGUGCGUUGCCCCACGGACCUCCCGGUCGCGGCCGGUUACGACAGAGCCUGGGUGCGAACCCAGAGUCUCUGGUGCCACAGCUGGCACUGCAGUACAGUGCCCUUAACCACUGCGCCACCCGGGAGGCCCUUAUGUCUGGAAUGUCGACAGACAUAAUACGUACUUUCCCCCGCACUUCAGUUGCAAAGAUUCAGAGAGGACUACAGUCAAUGGAGAGUCCUGCAAAUAUAAAUAUACGCAGAUAUAGAGCCAGACAUAGCAGUGUUGCUGAAGGAGGAGGAGGAUGCCAUCAUAGACAUUCAUGUAUCCUUCCAUGACACUUGGCAUAAGAGAGGAUUCACUUCCAACUACGGGAUAGGUGUGUUCAUUGGUGCUGGUACCAGCGAGUUAUAGAAAAUGUUUAAGAUUCAACCUGUCACAAAACCCUUGGAGGCCAUAUAUGUUUUAGUAGAGGUUGCACAGAAAAUGGUACCUGUAUAUCAUAAGAUGUCAAAUGUUAACGUCCUCAAAAGAAUGUAGCACGGAGGAACCCAGAAUUCAAAUGAAUGUCUGAACUCUGUAAUAUGGUCGCGAUGCCCCAAAACUGUCUUCGUGGGCAAAAGCCGCAUUGACGGAGCAGCCAGUAUGGCAGUAGCCACGCUCAAUGAGGGAGCCACUGCUCGAACAAAUGUGAUGAACAAAUUGUGGCUUGACAGCACUUUGGUGACACUGGAGCAAUCAGAGGGGAGCUGAUGCUGCUUCAAUGUAGUGUGCCAAGCGUAGGCGCAGGUCCCAUGACAUAGUCAAGAAAGUAAAGCGUCACCAGCAACAAGGGCCUUACAUAGUGGGCAGGCAUAGCUGAUUAAUGUCCUGCACAUUUCAACAGCCAUACAAAAUCCUUGUAUGUGACAAAUUGAGCAAAGUGAUAUGAGAAUUUGCCCAAAACUGCAUAUUUGACAACAGACCAGUAGUCAAAGCAUAUGCUCUACUGCUUGAAACAAAUGUAUUAAACGUGCCAAUGUAUUUGUAAAAGGUAUAUUUGAUGUCCAUGUGUCAGUUUAGAAGUGAUAUAUGAAUAAGAGUUGAAUUAAUGUGACAUACAUGGUCAUAUUUAUGGUAAGUACAUUUUAAUUGCAUUAGCCUAUAUCAGCCAAUUUCUCAAAAUGACAUGUUCCCGGUGCACCAAUUCAUUGUUCUCAGUCUUCAUAGAACGCACACUCAUUAUUCCACACACAGGUUCUUAGGUCUUAUAUUCAGACUUUUACAGAGGCUGUUUAUAUAUAUUGUGUCGUUUUGAUUUGAAGUGUCAUGUUACGUGUAAAUACAUGUCAAAUAUGCAUCUGUCAAAACUGUGAAUAGCGGUUUUUAAACAAUUCCAUGAAAUGACAAUAUGUUGAUAAACUGAUCUGUAAAAGUCUGAUCAUUGAGUGUCUUAUCACAAUAAAACUAUUCUGCCUUGAAGCAAUGUGUUGAUAAACUGAUCUGUAAAAGUCUGAUCAUUGAGUGUCUUAUCACAAUAAAACUAUUGUGCCUUGAAGCAAUGUGUUGAUAAACUGAUCUGUAAAAGUCUGAUCAUUGAGUGUCUUAUCACAAUAAAACUAUUCUGCCUUGAAGCAAUAUGUUGAUAAACUGAUCUGUAAAAGUCUGACCAUUGAGUGUCUUAUCACAAUAAAACUAUUCUGCCUUGAAGCAAUGUGUUGAUAAACUGAUCUGUAAAAGUCUGACCAUUGAGUGUCUUAUCACAAUAAAACUAUUCUGCCUUGAAGCAAUGUGUUGAUAAACUGAUCUGUAAAAGUCUGACCAUUGAGUGUCUUAUCACAAUAAAACUAUUCUGCCUUGAAGCAAUGUGUUGAUAAACGGAUCUGUAACAGUCUGACCAUUGAGUGUCUCAUCACAAUAAAACUAUUCUGCCUUGAAGCAAUGUGUUGAUAAACUGAUCUGUAAAAGUCUGACCAUUGAGUGUCUCAUCACAAUAAAACUAUUCUGCCUUGAAGCAAUGUGUUGAUAAACGGAUCUGUAACAGUCUGACCAUUGAGUGUCUCAUCACAAUAAAACUAUUCUGCCUUGAAGCAAUGUGUUGAUAAACUGAUCUGUAAAAGUCUGACCAUUGAGUGUCUUAUCACAAUAAAACUAUUCUGCCUUGAAGCAAUGUGUUGAUAAACGGAUCUGUAACAGUCUGACCAUUGAGUGUCUCAUCACAAUAAAACUAUUCUGCCUUGAAGCAAUGUGUUGAUAAACGGAUCUGUAACAGUCUGACCAUUGAGUGUCUCAUCACAAUAAAACUAUUCUGCCUUGAAGCAAUGUGUUGAUAAACUGAUCUGUAAAAGUCUGACCAUUGAGUGUCUUAUCACAAUAAAACUAUUCUGCCUUGAA